AUGGCGACCGUCAAUACUAGUAAUAAUUCGAUUACUAGUAAUUCAACUACAUCCAACAACGCUUCUGGCAAUGCAAGCUCCGCGCCGGUAGUAACCGUUGUCGAGCUCAAGCGCUACUCCCUAGUGCCUCCCAAAUGGCAAAAAACCGUGCGAGUAGCCGGCAUGUCGGAGUGUAGGGAGGCCGCGCUGUCCCUGGCUCACGCCUUUGCUGCCGAUGACUACGCACAGUAUCUUGUCAACACAGAGGACCCCGAGGACGAGAAGGCUGUCGUUCCUGGUUCGGGAGGAGGCAGCAGAGGUGUGAUCUCCAGCGGCACCAUCAUGACUCCAGAAGACAAGUGGAAGCUGCACGUGGAUAUCAUGACCUAUGCUGUCGCGAUGCAUUGUCUUAACGGGCUGGUGACGACGAUUGGCCCGGAAUAUGAUAGCUGUGUAACCAAACAUUGCAGGCUACCACCUGGUCGCGAUCUUGAUAGCUGGUGGGUGCUGUUCCGCAGCGGAGCCUGGAGGCUCUACUAUCAGCUUUCGCCCGAGGGCAGGAAGCGCUACUUCGACGAGGUGGUCCCGCUCCUGCACGACACCAAGGCGGCAGUCCUGGGAGAGAGGGAUCACGAUGCCUGGUACUUGGUUUACUUGGGCACGAAGCCGAGCUCCCAGGGAAGGGGGUACGCGGGGAAGCUAUUGAGGGAUGUGAUUCAGCGGGCCGACGCCGAAAAUAGACCCAUGUACCUCGAAUCCAGCUCGCUCGCCAACAACUCCUACUACCAGAAGUUCGGCUUCGAGAUCAAGAGGGACAUCUUCCUGAAGCGCGGACGGAACCCCGUUCGUUUGUCUAUCAUGGUCCGCGAGCCCAAUGCCUCUGGUGGUGGCAUGACUUCCAACACCCGCAAGGAUGUUGUUACUGGUGGCUCGAACGUUGGCGCGCUCUUUGCUGCUGCUGCUGCUGCUCCUUCGACGACGACCACGACCACUAGCAACACCCUUAUGGGAUCUACUAGGGUCAAGUUCCCUACUGUCGGCUCCCACCAUCACCAUGGUCUUGCUCAUGGUCAUUACCAUGUUGGUCUGGGAGUUGGCGGUAAGAAGUUGAUGUAA